UCUAAAUCCGUCGCUUCCAGUCCAACAAACGUAAAGGAGCAAAAGUUAUGAUGCUUAGCACUUAGUGCGACCCUAUUAAAAAAAAAAAAUUCUCCGCGCAGCGAAAUUCUCAACUGCUCAUUUAGAAUCCCUACUUCAUCUUGCUGUUGUUAGUGUUGUUUGUUGUCGAUUAUAAUAUAGUUACCUUUUAGUCUGUGCAGUGCUUGUGUUAUCAAGCAUUCAAUUAAUUUUAAGGUUACAUUUUUAAUCAAGUUAAGCCAAAGCAACGUACCAAGAUGUCCUAGGCGGCUUUCCAUAAAUUACUGUAAAUCAGUAUUUGGGUGGUUGUCACAUAUUACAUUUUGGUUUUAAAAGGGGGGGGGGGGUGGGGGUUAAAGCAGUAUGACAUCACAUAAGAAGUACAACUUUGAACAUAGUUUGGUAUUUUAAAAAUUAAUGAACUAAAUUAUUAAAGUAACUUAUGCCAUAAUUUAUUAAUAGGGGGGGGGGGGGGUGGGGGUUAAAGCAGUAUGACAUCACAUAAGAAGUACAACUUUGAACAUAGUUUGGUAUUUUAAAAAUUAAUGAACUGAAUUAUUAAAGUAACUUAUGCCAUAAUUUAUUAAUACUUCUACUUGGCUAAACCAAUUUUAAUUUUUUAAACAAAUGAGACAAAUGAUUUAUGAUUAUGUAUCUUUCAAUUGUAAAUAUUUUAUUGAUUGUGUUUGAUACAAUUACAAUGUUUUUUAUAUAUAUACUGUGAUCACAUAAUUACUACAGAGCAAAUUAGUACUGUGUGGAACUAGCAGUCUCAUACCUGUAAACUAAUUCUCUACAUCCCAUACAUAUGUCCAAAACGGGCUCUGACAGUUGUUGCUAUGGUCCAUGACUUUCACUAUCGUUUCAGGACAGCAUGGCAUGGAGGACAAGAGUUGAAGGUGCAGUGAUAUUCAUGAUAAAUCAUGUAAAAAUAGUAGAAGAGGGCUUUAGAGAAGAGUCUGGGAGUUAGGGGUCUGUGAAAGAACGAAAAAUAGUCAACAGGAGAAAUAAUUUUUAGUAAAUGAUCAAGAGAAAGUUUUUUGACAAGUGCAGUGAUUCUAUAGCCUAUAUCCAUAGAGUAGGUAAAUGUUUGAGUUUGUAAAUGGAAAGGUUACAAACAAGACAGGGGUGAACUGAGUGAAUUUCUCUACUGAACUACACAGACCUCAGGAUUUUUUUUGUGUAGGAAACAGAAGCACAACUAUAUUUAAAUUUUAAAAUAAUGAAGUUUCUGAAAAUUGUUAUCAAAAUUUGCAAAUAGUAGUAGUUUUUGUGGAUUAGAUGACAUUAAAAUAGCAGAUAACUAUUAGUAUAAGGCAGAUUGACAUUGGACAAGAUAAUGAGAUUAAACAAUAUAUAGAUUUUAAGACAUCAGAGUCAGAGCGCGGUGAGCAUGCUAAAAUAUCACGGACACAAGUGCUAUAAAAGUACUUAAUCAUCAUCAGUUACAAUGAAAUUGAAUGAUUUCAAGAUUUAAAUGUUUAAAAUUAUUUAUUUUUUUAUGGGAAAACAGAUUUAUAAUGUAAUAUUUGUUUACGGGGGUGGGUAAUUUGUGAUUCUAGGGAAGGGUGUUGUAACAGCUUAGGGCCUACUAUAAAAUGUAUUUUAUUUUAUUAAUAAAUAUCAAGUAGGUAGGCAUAAGCCUAAAGAAAUCAAUUAAACAUUAGGCCCUUGUUAUUUUUGUUCUUAAUAAUUUUCUGGGGUGGCUGGAUGGAAAUGUGAGGUCUAAAUUGCCUUAUUUCCAAUCUUUGUGGAUUGAAGUUCAAACCCCCCCCCCCUCCCACCCAAAAAAAAAAAAGCCUAGACAAGCAAUAAUAUCAGCAGCCCCCCUAGGUGAAUGGGACUAGUACCUUGGAUGGCAACUCAUCUAAGGGGAGAACUCUGAAUUCAAACCUGGACUACCAUAGGUGGUAUGACAUUAACUUAAUGAAAAUUCUGGCAACUCCUGAAACGCUACGGGUACUAAGCUGUAUCAUCCAGAUGCAUGGAGAGAGGUGAUUUGCUGUUUGGGAAACAAGUUAUCCUCCUAAAGAAAAAUCCCAGGCCUUAUGAUUCUGUCCUGUGAAGUAUACGCCAUCGUCACAUUGUGGCAGACUAAUUUUCACAACUUGCCUUGCCUUAGUCAUCCCUGACCUAAGACUGAUGAGCCCAAUUUAAAAAAAUAAUUCAUUUUUGCUUUACUAAGCAUAUUAGUACCCGGUAGUGGUUAUUUGCUCAUUAUUUAAUACUGUAUGGCAUGUGUAAUAUGUUAUUUAUUUCAUAUCAUCCCUGUAGCGUUCUAAACAUUCAAGUCAGGUUUUCCAAAUUUUACUGAAUAACCUAAUAACUUUUUAACUUUUAAAACAUUUGGUUAGAUCUUGUGACAGCAAAAUAUACUUUCCACUAAUGCAGUUUAAAUAUUUUUUUAACUCCUUAUAUUUUCUCCCCAGUCUUACAUCACAACAUUUCCUAAACAGUAGCUAAAUUGGGAUUUGAAGAAAAUGCUAUUAAGGAAAAUAGCCAAUCACAAACUCUUGAUUAACUGGAAAAAAUGCAACUGGUAUUCUCAGUUUUCACAUUUAGCUUGCGAAGAAAAUAGACCAAAACGCGCAGUCUUUGUCUCAACGUCCGACAGCAUAUUUGAAAACUUGGCUUUAGAGGAAUGGCUUUAUGAGCGAACAGACUUCUCAAAAGCAGAAAUUCUACUUAUUUGGCGGAACCGUCCUGCUCUUGUAUUUGGAAGGCAUCAGAACCCAUGGCUGGAGGCUAAUGUACCAUUCGCUGCAAGCAAGGGAGUUUGUAUUUCUAGAAGGUUUCCAAUUCUUUUUGAAACAAGUUGUAUGAUAGGUAUAAUGAAUCCUCAUUAUAUGAAUUUUAAAACAAACUAAAUGUCUGCUGAUUAUUUUAAAAAGAAAUUACUGGAUAAGUGGGAAUCACAUUAUAUCUACUUCUAAUCUAAUUCCAAUCUACUUCAGUAACAAAUAACAUUGCCAUAUGAAAUUGAGAUUUGUAGGUAAAAUAUUUAAAAAAAGUAUAAAAAAAAAUUUUCAUUUAAGUAAAAGAGUUUACCUGUAGCAGUUUGAGUUAUAAAAAUAAAAAUGUGAUUUACUGAAUUGCAUUGUAAAGCAGAAAAUUGAAAUACCCUAUUAAGUUUGAUUGAAACUCUUGUUGAAAGAAUUCUUAUCUAACAACAGAUCAAGUGGAGGUGGCACUGUAUACCACGAUGAGGCCAACCUCAACUUGUCCUUCUUGACCACUCGCAAGCGAUAUAAUAGAAGGGUCAACCUUGACCUCAUUGUUGAUGCCCUGAGAAAGAAAUGGGACAUAGACCUUAGUGUAAACCAGCGGGAUGACAUUAUGCUUGACAGAUUUUAUAAGGUCAUAAGAAUUCUUGAAUGCAAGUUCUACCCACUGAACAAAUAGAUCAAUUAAAAAACUCUUUUAUGAUACAGAUGGGCCUUUACAAAAUUAUACAGGAUUGUUUCAUUUAAUAAUGUUUAAGUUUUUGUCAAAGUGAUUAAAUAAGAUUUGUUAUUUUUAAUAAUGAAAAACAAAUUAUAAAAAUAUUAUUCCUUUAUUCUCCCAACACUGUAAUUGUCCUUAUUAACUGAAUGCAUUUUAAAUUCUUAGUUAAUAGGCGUUGUCCUUAAAGUAUGUCACGAUCAGGAGGGUGGUCUAAGAAAGUGUGACAGUUUGUGACACAAAGGUGUGUGGGGGGGGGGAUAGAUCAUAUGUGAUGUCAUACAUUUAUACAUUUUUUUAUCAUACAUAUAAAAGCUGAAUUGACAUUGAUGUUUAACUUUCUGUUGGAUGCUUUCUAACAGAUUUUUAUUCAGUACUUAGUAGUGUCUCUUUUUACUUGUGAAGUUUGUUUAAAAUUGAAUUUUAAUUAGUUGGUAACUUUUAGAACAAUUUUUUUUAUAUUUUAGACGCGUGACAUACUUUAGGUGGGAGGGUGGGGUAAGAAUUAUGAAGAGCCCCUAAGACUUCUUUUAAAUAGCAUUUUCUUUCCAGACAAUAUUUCCUGUAUCAGUGUUGAUGUUUGAAGUGUUAACCAAAAUCUUUAGUAUUAGUGCCUUUGAGAUACCCAAACUUUCACCAAACAUUUUAACUUUAAAAAAACCUAUCUCUUUUAAAUAUCUUUUAACCUCUUCAGGUGUCGGGGACUGCAGCAAAGCUUGGCCGACUGCAAAGCUACCACCACUGUACCCUGUUGAUUAAUGUUGACCAGUGUAUGCUGAAACGCUGCCUAGACUCCCCGAUGGUGAGAUCUUCUCCUUUUUUAAAAAAAAAAAAAACAUACCAAGAAAUGUUUUGCAAAGUUUCAUUAUUUAUUAUGUUAACUUCCGUAUAGGAAAUCAUUUGUCCUCCAUUACACUUACACUUGACUAAUAAUAGGAAAAAAAUCCAUGAAACCAAAACAGUUCUUCGGACAUGUUUAAAAAAUAGAGUGAAUACAACAAAUGUCAAUGUGAGGGAUAUUAAAAUCUUAGCUUCUGUAGUAUCAAUAGGCACCUGACAUAUGCUUUUAAAUAGAGUUGCGUGUACAGUGAAGACAGUGGGUCUGGAAAUCUCCAGUUUUUGUUUUGUUGUAUCAGUGAUUUUUAUAGUAUUAGCCUGUGUCUUGGUGUCUUUUUUUUUAAACUUCAGUGCAGACUAUUUUUGUCUUUCAUCUGCAUCCCUUUUCCCAGAAUUUUUUAAUUUGUAAAGGGUUAUUUUUUAUUACUUAAUGAUGUAUUUGUUUUAAAAAACUUGAAUCUUUAUUUCAUAUAAUCUAAUGAAAUGGUGCACAUUUCUUUUUUUUUUAAUCAUUUGCCAGAUAGGUGCUGAUAGCAAAGCUACUAAGAGCACUCCAGCAUCUGUGAUGAAUUUGAAGGAUAAAGUACCAGACAUGAACUUUGAACUCCUGGUGAAUGUCAUAGGAGAACAUUUUCUUCAGAUGGGCGGUUGCGAGGUAGGCAUAUAAAUAUAUACAACAAAGCAGCCAUUUUUACUAUCCAUUUUCCUAAUGAAAUUAAUUGAAUUUAAAAAAAAUCAUGGUUAUGGUUAUCUGAUCUUCUUAUGAGCUUGAUGAUAACUUCCAUAAUAAAAGUCAUUAUGAUGUCAUCUGACAAUGUUUAAAAUAAGGCAUAAAAUUUCAUUUCAGAAGAAUCUGCAGAGCUUUCAGGACAUCAAUCCUAAUAAUGAGUCUAAUUUUCCAGGAAUUACAGGAAUUCUGCAAAGACUUCAAUCCUGGGAGUGGGUCUAUGGAAAAACCCCUAAUUUUUCCAUUAAUAGAACUUUUGUAGGGCCUAUAUGUUCAAUGGAAAAAUUCUCUUUAAAAGUUUCAAUUAACGUUGAGAAAGGGGCAAUUAGUUUAACAACACUUGAGCUUGAAAAUGCUGAUAGUAUAGACAGACAUUUAUCAGAUUUCACACAAACUUUGCAUAUGUGUUACUCUGAAAAUGCCAAUAACUUAAAAUUAUCCCAUCCCAAUUUAUUAGAGCUCCAUAAUAAAUGCCAAGAAUAUUUAUUGUCAAUUGUAGGAGAUGAGCAUAAAAAUGUUCAGUUGGGUCAAUGGAUAUUAGACUCUGUGAUGACAUGCUUUAAAUUUGUGUAAAUAAUUGUAAUUAUCAUAAUGGAUUUGUUAGUUUAAUUUGGAUUAGAUUAAUAUUGCCAUGUAACGCUAACGUAAAUUAAAAAGAUAAUUGAUAUAACCAGAUUAUAUUUAUAAUUAUGAACUUUAAAUAUAUACAAUACAAUUUUGAAGGCUAACUCUGAGAGAUGUUUGUUUUUAAUCAUAAGAUAUUACACACCAAAGUCAAAUAGUCUGGUAACUAGAGUCAAUGAUGUUUCAUGUAGUCAUAGAUAUUACACACCAAAGUCAAACAGUCUGGUAACGAGAGUCACUGUCACUGAUGUUUCAUGUAGAUAUUACACACCAAAGUCAAAUAGUCUGGUAACUAGAGUCAAUGAUGUUUCAUGUAGAUAUUACACACCAAAGUCAAAUAAAACUGCGAACAAAAAUGCCUUAGUAUAUUUUUUUAUUUCAUAAUUUUUCAAGUUUAAAAAAAAUUCCAUAUUGCCAUCCACAAAUAAAAAUCUAGAGCAAAUGAUUUAUUUGUUUACAGGCAAUUUUAUUUAGUUUCAGAAGGUGGGAUGUCUAAUAAUCUUAAAACUGCAUACCAAAGUUGAAAAGAUGUCUACGCAUAGCGGUCAUUAAACAAAAUAUAUAUUACUGGGAUUUCCCUCCCUGACCAUUGAGUGUUUAUAAUUUUAUCAGACUUGCAUCAAACUUCUAAGAAUUAUAAAUUGUAGUAUUUAAAUCCCCCAUAAUGCAGUUGCACUUAAGGAAUGUGUCAUGUGUGAAACAAAAAGUCAUUUGAGCUUUGACAGUUCUCUUAUUUAGACUAAAAGGGCACUUAACAGUCUUUUUAAAGAAAAAUUUUCUUAUUAGGCAAAGCUUGCUCUCACAUUAACGUCCUAAUGCACCUUUUAUCUGUAUAAUUUCAUUUCUAUCCCUAACUUUAUCUUUGCAUUAAUUUACAGCAUGCGAAAAAAUAUCCUGUAAAGAAAUGAAUAAGAAAACUACUGUAAUCAUAAUUUUAAAAACUCAAAUGAGCAAUAAUACAAUGUUAAUUAUUACUGAUUAUUAAAUGUAAUAUCCGUUAAUGACUAAAUGUAAGGGAGACAAUUUGUGAUGAACAAUGAAAUAAUCAACUUUCUAAAUACAGACAGGAAACAUGAGCAUUUUUUUUGUUUAUGUACAGAAAUGGUGUUCUGUUUGUAGCACAUUGGAUAAAGGCAACUGAUUUCCUCAUGCUUUUUUGGUGCUGGUGAACAAUAGGGAUAACAAUUGUCCAAAUGGAAAUGGCAGCCAUCGUCUAACACAUAUUGGAAAGGGGGUGGGGGGAGUACAGAACGUUAUGUUAAUAAGUUAUAACAGAAUGGGCAACUUUCGUGUUUAAUUAAGUGAAACAUAAUGUAAUAUCCUGAAAAGUGAGGACGUUUUGAGAACCAUGCUACACUGAUUUUAUCCAAGAAUUUUAUGGACAACAGAGGGGGAUUUGUAAGCUAAAGACCAGAUCUGACUGACCAACAUAAUCUAUCUGGUUCAUAGUGUCAUCAAUAAAUUCAAAUUCAGUAGAUGAAUUAAAAAUAUUUCCAACCCAUGACCUGAAAAAACAAGUUAAUAUUCAGAUAAAAUCUAGUCAUGUGCCAAUUAAGGGUGUUAGAAAUCAUCCUCACCCCCUCCUGCUCAACAGCUGUCUCAUAAUAUUUAAGUAUAGUGUUUAUUAAAAAUAUGACACAUGGUGAAAAGAAAAAUGAAAAUCAUUCUUUUGACACGCA